AUGUCUGUGAAGAGCAUCGAUUCUGGUGUUGGCUAUUGUUCAGCGGCAAGUCGAUCCAAUACGCCUUCACCAACCACAAUCAACGAAGAUUCAACUGCCCCAAUUGCCAUUGAGAUUAAGGGUGAUAAACGAUUCAAUGGAUUGACAAUCAAAGAUGAGGGAAUCUAUAUGGAUGAAACUAUCGUCGUGAUUCUUCUUUAUACAACCCAGUUCUCAUCUGAAUGUACCUGUGAUGGACCCAGUUCAUAUCCAAUCGUGACUUGUGCUUCAAAAUCAGCCAACCUUGAUCUACCCAUUGGUAACAUUGUUAAAGCCCUUGAUUACCCAUCAUUGGGUCGUCUAUCACUACUGAAUGUGUCUAUUGAUCUAAGUCAACCUUUGACAAGUAAACCCAUUCAACACUUGCGUCUAGUCAAAGUAGCCUGGCCUUCAUCUCUUGAACCUUUUUCAGUAAACUCAUUGAGAUACUCUUUGCGUCGACUUGAAAUUAUCUCAUCAGGUCUUACAUCGUUUCCUUUCUCAUUUAUUUCAUCAAAUUAUUAUCUUCUUAAGGAUAUUGACUUGCGUUACAAUUCAUUUCAAUCAAUUCCUGAUUUUGCCUUCUCAUUCAAUUCAGCCUUAGAGACAAUUGAUUUAUCCCAUAAUGACAUUAGUUACCUUGGUUCUUAUGCAUUUGCACAACUACCAAACCUGAGGCAGCUCAUUUUGUCACACAACAAGUUGAAAGUGGUCAAUAAUUAUGCUCUAGCUGCAAACCACAAUGUAAACCGUAACAACCUUUUAAUUGACUUGACUUAUAAUAAAAUGUUUCAUCUGGCAACCGGAACAUUUGACAAUCAAACUCCAACUUAUCUCGAUCUAAGACACAACUCUCUAGUCUCACUUGACCAAACUGUCUUUCUCGACCUAAUCAAACGCAUGUCAAUGCAACCAGAGGGUCAAAUUAACGUCACUGACAAUUCAUUUCAAUGUACCUGUAAACGAACCCGUUGGUUGGUUGAGCUUCGAAAAGAAGAGAAAACUGUCAUUCAAGGAUUCACCUGUAAAUUUACUGCUGGAAAUGAUAAAGAUUUACUUUCGUUGACACUGAACGAUAUCAAUUGUUAAAUCGUGUAAAAAUAUAUAACAAAUUUAAAAUUCAUUUGCUUAAAGAUUCAUUUAAAACCAAAGGAAAAUGAAAUAUUAGAAACUCAAAUCAACUUCAUCUCAACAUUAGCUUUAAGCUGAAACAAUCUAUUUUCAUACACAACUUCAGAUCAUCAUUCAUUGUUUAAGCACUUGUACAGCUUGAAAAGCUAUUUUUCAAUUUCGAAUCAAGUUCCAUAUUUUUUCAAGUUCAUUUCUUCAAACUUUUCCUUUUGUCCAUUGUAUUGGAAAGUUGAAUUUAAGAUCUGAUUGAAACCUUAUUUACUUUGAGUUCAAUCUUCAAAUGAAUCCAGUCUAAUUAUUAUUAAUAGUUGCAAUUGCAAUUUCAAAAGCCACAAAACCUCAGAGGUUGACGCGACAAAAACUCGAAGCUGUUAAUUGUCAAAUGAGUCGAGCUGAUUUUUACCUUCAAAUGUCAUCUUUGGUCUUGACAUAACCUAAUGAGUCAUGAAAACUCUACAAGCAAAAGCUGUACAAAUAAUACAAAAUAACUCAAUGAUUUAAACUUUAAAUGAGCAAAUGAACUCAAUCUGUAGACUUGAAAGUUGGCUAAAAAUGACUUUAGGCCCAGUUUUGUGUAAACCAACUCAUUACAUUUCAAGCAAUUUUUAACAAUCCUUUUUGUCUUUCUUUUUUGUAAGCAACUUUGAAUAAAAUUUCAUCCUUAAUAGUCA